GCCAGGACGUGACUCAUGGAGUCUGCCCCCACUCGCCCUUCUGCCCUGGAGUGUUACAGUCUCCUACCACGGAAGUCCUUCCCUGAAGCUGGAAGUUGGCUAAGAUUGGAAGGGCCAGGCACCAGACCCAAGCGGUCGCCAGCGGGCGCCACGCUAUUGAUUAUCCAAUCCGCUUUAAGUACAAAGCAUCGCGAGUCUUCUGUGCGAUUUGGUUCUAUAAGCCCGUGGGAAGCAGCUUCGGAAACCCUUUUCACGAAGAUGGCGCCGAAAGCGAAGAAGGAAGCCCCUGCCCCUCCCAAAACCGAAGCCAAAGCAAAGGCUUUGAAAGCCAAGAAGGCAGUACUGAAAGGUGUCCACAGCCACAAGAAAAAGAAGAUCCGCACUUCACCUACAUUCCGGCGGCCCAAGACUCUGCGUCUCAGAAGACAGCCCAAAUAUCCUCGGAAGAGCGCCCCCAGGAGAAACAAGCUUGACCACUAUGCCAUCAUCAAGUUCCCCCUGACCACUGAGUCAGCCAUGAAGAAGAUUGAAGACAACAACACACUUGUGUUCAUUGUGGAUGUCAAGGCCAACAAGCACCAGAUCAAACAGGCUGUGAAGAAGCUCUAUGAUAUUGACGUGGCAAAGGUCAACACCCUGAUCAGGCCUGAUGGAGAGAAGAAGGCAUAUGUUCGACUGGCUCCUGACUAUGAUGCUUUGGAUGUUGCCAACAAAGUAAGCUUCCUUUUCUGUAACCUCCUUAACUCCCACCCCAGGGUGCAAAUGAUGUGUCUGUUAUUGACCAAAGCCUGACUUCAGAUGAUUAGA